ACUAGAGCAUGAGAGGGUCCAUCUUUUUUUGUCCAUGCAAUACAACGUUACCAUUAAUUAGCUCUAAAGUAUUGAUUCCAUUUACUCCUUUUCUUCUUCUACUCAAUCUUUGCCUAAAAAAUAAUAGUAAUGGCAGGAAACAGAAUUAAAAAACUCAGGAAACUGCCUCACAUGUUCAGCAAAGUCCUGGAAUUACCGAUCCCGUCCGACGCGGAUGUCGAGGUGGAAGAAAACCCCGAAUUCUUCCGUUUUGUGGCGGAUAUCAAGCAGCACGGUGAAAAUAUUUGUAAUGUGAGGGCACAAGUGGUGGAGAUUCAUCCGGGCGUUACGAAGAUAGUGGUGAGAAAUGGUGCAAGUGGUGGUGAAAGGGAGUUACUAAUGUUGGAACAAUUGAAAGUGGACACGUGGAGGUGUAGGUUAUCCGCGUCCGCAAAGCCGGAGCUUGCUACGGCUGUGUUUGCGGACGGGGAGUUAAUCGUGACGGUGCCGAAAGGUGUGAACGGUUGUGGAGAGUAUGGAGGGAAGGAUGUUUUGGUACGCCGCGGUGAUACCUGGCUUGUUCUUGUACAAUAGUUAAGACAAGAGUAUAAGCUAGAUCCCAAUAUAUUUGACACUAUUUUCUUGUUAAUCACUAAAUAUAUCUUCUCACAUGAAUGAA